ACUGCAAAUGCCGCGAUGGCUACAGACUGGGCACCGAUGCCAAGUCUUGUAUAGUGAUCAACCCGUGCCAAAUUAACCAGGGUGGAUGCCAACAUAUCUGCCAAAACCAUCGUUCUAAAGCCAUCUGCCAAUGUUUCCCUGGUUACCAACUGGCAACUGAUGGUAAAACAUGCAUUGACAUUGACGAAUGUGCCCGACGUACCGGUGCAUGCAAGCAGGAGUGCAUCAACACCGUGGGAUCUUACACAUGUUCCUGUAUCAAAGGAUUUCAGCUGGGAACAGACGGUCGCUCUUGUUACCAGAUCAAAGUGGAGAUUGUUAACAGCUGUCUGACCAAUAAUGGUGGUUGUGGCCAUAAAUGCACCCACAUUCGAUCAGGACCUGUCUGUUCCUGCAAACCGGGCUAUUUACUUCAAGCUGAUGGGAAAUCAUGCGAAGAUAUCAAUGAAUGCCUGGAUGAGGACCAUUGCUGUUCACAGUCCUGUUAUAACAACCCAGGAUCGUACAUGUGCGGAUGCACAGCUGGCUUCCGUUUGAAAAGAGAUGUUUGCGGCUGUGAAGAUGUUAACGAAUGUCUCAAUGACAAUGGAGGCUGCGAAGAGCAGUGCGUCAAUUCUGAAGGGUCGUACCAAUGUAUCUGUAGAGUUGGCAAGCUGUUGGCUCGAGAUGGCCACACCUGUAUACUUAAAAUCUCCAGAGGAGAUACCCCAGUAACCCCUGAAUCAACUGCUUCUACCCUCACACACUCAGACACACAGUCACAUGAGAGAGUACCCACUAACCCUAAAGAAUGUGAGAUUGGUUAUUUCGGACCAAACUGCCAUUUUACCUGUAGUAAUUGUAUGAACGGUGGACAGUGCAAUGAAGCCAGAGAUGGUUGUCUCUGUAAACCUGGAUUCCAAGGAAUUCUUUGCAACAACACAUGUCGACAGGGUACAUUUGGUAUUGACUGCAACAGACUGUGUACUUGUCAAAACGGAGGGACUUGCAACCCAGAAACGGGUGAAUGUACAUGUCCACCAGGUAUUAAAGGUGUAAGCUGUGAAAUUGGUUGCUCACCUGGUUACUAUGGUGAGGACUGUAACAAGAGGUGCCCCCAGCAGUGUCCAGAAGGUUACUGUAAUCGUAUGUUAGGUAACUGUGAAUGCGAACCAGGAAUGUUUGGUCCGUUGUGUAAUCGGAAGUGUCCAGACUUCUCCUGGGGUCGCAACUGUAUUCAAGAAUGUGCUUGUAACCAGAAACAUAGUUCAGGAUGUGAUCCUAAAAAUGGUAAAUGUAUAUGUCUUGCUGGAUACCAAGGAAUCAGUUGUAACCAAAAAUGUCCAGCAAAUAGAUAUGGCAUUAAAUGCCAAGGAACAUGUAAUUGUCCGAAAGAGACAACUUGUGACCAUGUUGGUGGAGAAUGUAAAUGGAACUGUCCAGCAGGUCGGACAGGGUUCAGGUGCCAGAAAGUCUGUGAACGAGGAAAAUAUGGACGGAAUUGUUUGAAACAAUGUGAAUGUGGCAACAGUGGCUGUAAUCCUGAGACUGGGGCAUGUCUCUGUGAAGCCGGACACCAUGGCAGACAUUGUCUACAAGAAUGCAAACAAGGACGUUGGGGUAUAAAUUGCCUUAAUGUCUGUGAAUGUCAAAACGGUGCUUCCUGCGACCCUGCUACAGGAGAAUGUAUAUGUCGACCUGGCUGGUUCGGUCUCUCGUGUGAACAAGAAUGUCCUCGCAACAGAUAUGGAGAGAAAUGUCUGGAAAGGUGCAGAUGUGAGAACAAUGCAACCUGUAUUGCAACAAAUGGUUCCUGUAUUUGCCAACCAGGUUGGGUUGGACAAGUCUGUGACAGAAUGUGUGCCCCGGGAACUUAUGGUGUAAAAUGCCGCAGCAAAUGCAUCUGUCAGAACAGUGCCGAAUGUGACCCAGAGACUGGAGAGUGUAUUUGUUCUCCAGGCUGGACGGGAGUUGGUUGUAAUGAACGAUGUCCCCAAAACACAUAUGGCCCUGGAUGUUCAAUGAGAUGCGCUUGUGAAAACGGAGCCUACUGUGACCACAUCCAUGGUGUCUGUAUCUGUACAGCAGGUUGGCGAGGGAAGCUUUGCAACAAAGCCUGCCCCGAGGGCUUCUAUGGCAUUGAAUGUCGAAAGAAAUGUGAAUGCAACAAUGGAGCACAGUGUGACUACGUGACUGGGGUGUGCAGCUGUGCACCAGGAUGGAUGGGGAACAAGUGCACGACCCCUUGUCCAGAAGAUACCUAUGGAAAGGACUGUGAAGGGUUCUGUGACUGUCUCAAUGGUGGGAACUGUGAUGCUGUAUCUGGAAUUUGCAUUUGCAAACCUGGAUAUAUGGGCAGACAGUGUGAAAAAGUCUGCAGAGCUGGGUUCUUUGGAAUCGGUUGCCAACAACGCUGUCGAUGUCUAAAUGAAGGCGACUGUGACCCUAUCAAUGGCUCCUGUAACUGCAAAAGUGGUUGGAUGGGAAAAUCUUGUGAAAAACGAUGUUCCAGAAACACGUACGGCCGCAACUGUGAACAGCUUUGUCGCUGUGCCAAUGGUGGAGACUGUAAUCCAGAAACGGGAGAAUGUAGUUGUGACGAUGGUUACAUUGGAAGAUUCUGUGAAAACAAAUGCUCAAAAGGUUUCUUUGGGCAAAAUUGUGAAAAUAAAUGUAAAUGCAAGAACAACGCCAGCUGCCAACAUAGGACAGGUCGCUGUUUGUGUACGACAGGAUGGAGGGGAAGACACUGUGAUAAAAUCUGUAUUCCAGGGUUUUUUGGUGAAGGAUGUUCCAAAAUGUGUAAAUGCCAUAAAGGUGAACCUUGUGACCAUAUUACUGGCAAAUGUAGUUGUCCACCUGGGUAUACAGGGCACGGCUGUCAUCAAACAUGUCCACCACGCACCUAUGGUGCCGGAUGCAAGAAGAAAUGCAACUGUGGUCGGAAGUCAGUCUGUGACCAUGUUACUGGCAAAUGCACCUGUAAAUCUGGACGGAAAGGCAAAGAUUGUAACCGAAGUAAAACAUUUAAAAUCAAGAGGAAAAUGAAGAAACAGAAAACGGCCAAAACAACACCAAGUCCUGAACUUCACGGAGGUUGCAAAGAAAAUGAAUUUGGUCCUGGAUGCAACCGAGUCUGUGAAUGUCAGAAUGGCGGUCAUUGUGAUGAAGUGAGUGGAGAAUGUAUCUGUCUUUUGGGAUGGAUUGGAGCAACAUGUGAACAACCUUGUCCUACUGGUCGUUAUGGAUUGAACUGCACAGAAGUUUGUCAGUGUCAACAUGGUGGAAUCUGUGAUCCCCGAUCAGGGAGAUGUUCUUGCCCAGCUGGACACAUGUCAAAAUAUUGUGAAACAUCUUGUCCCCCAAACAAGUAUGGCAACAACUGUGAGAAUGACUGCCAAUGUGGGAAGGCUGGCAUUUGUAAUCCACAGGAUGGAACAUGUCAGUGUAAAAUGGGUUGGAGUGGCGAAACUUGUGAAGAAUCCUGUCCAUCCGGUCGAUAUGGUCCCGACUGCGUACACACAUGUCAGUGUCAAAACAAGGGAACGUGUGAUCCAGUCACGGGUUGUUGUACCUGUGCAAAUGGCUACUAUGGACAACUCUGUGAAAUUCAGUGUCCUCCAGGAUCUCAUGGUUUCUAUUGUAAAGAACGGUGUGACUGUGAGAACGAAGCAUUGUGUGAUCCAGCCACGGGUCAAUGUAAAUGCAAGCCGGGAUUCAUAGGAAAUCGCUGUGAAAAAGAAUGUGAACCCGGGACCUUUGGUUUACACUGUCAAGAGAAAUGCGACUGUGCUUCUUACGGCUGCAACCCAGUCACAGGGGAAUGCAAAUGUCCCUCAGGAUACGCUGGAACCAGGUGUGAAAGAGCAUGUCAUGAAGGCCGCUAUGGUCCAAACUGUCGCUACACCUGUGAGUGUGACAACUAUGGAACAUGUGACCCCAUGUCCGGUCACUGUAACUGCCUAGACGGUUGGAUUGGUGCUAAAUGUGAACUCACAACAGAAACUUCAGGCCAGCGGCGUGGAGAUGUACAUUGGACUGACCACUAUAGCAAGUAGCAGAACAUGACUUUCAAACUGUGACAGAUGUGAUAGAAUGCUUGACCGCCAGAUCAAAUUUGACAGCAGGCAGUGGACAUCAAGAAGAAAAUAUGACAAACAGCCAUGGCACACAAUUACACACACACACUCACUCACCAUAGACUCAGUCACAGACACACACACAGAUUGGAAAAGUCUUUUUGUGGAAGACCUUGGAUUCUUAUGGAACCAAGACAGACAUUUUUGUUACCAAACCACUGCCAUUGAUUCCUCAAAGAGAUAAAAAAAAAGAACUGAUUUCCAUAAAAAAUACUUCCUAUGAUAAGUUACUCUCUAUAUAUGUGUGUGUGUGUGUAUAUGUAUGUAAGUUUGCAUUUAUAUACACUUGCAUACAUAUAGUGUGUAUAAUUUAUAUAUAUAUAUAUAAGCAUAUACAAAAAUGUAUCUAUAUAUAUAUAAAAAAGCACCUGUAUAUAUAAAUUUGCAUAUAUAUUUAUAUAUAAAAGCACAUAUAUAUUUACACAUUUUCCUAAAUGAAAAUAUGUGCAUGUAUAUAUAAUAUAUAUAUAUAUGCAUGUAAAUGUGUGUGUGUGUGUGUGUGUGUGUGUAUAAUUUUAUAUAUCAUACAAAUAGUUUUUUUUGUUUGUUUUUUUACUCAAUAAUACUGUUAUAUUUUUUUUAUUUCUAAACAAAAAAAAACAACAAUGGCGUAUAAAAUAACCCAAUUCACUUUCUGAAAGUUUCUAUCUACAAAAAAAAAAAAAAAUGUAAAAACAACAACAAACAAUAAUGCUUAAAACAAAAGAAAAAACAUUAUGAAACAAACGAUUAAAAAAUUAAUUUAACACAAAACAAAACUGAAAAAAAAAAAAAAUAUUGAGGAAAAAAACAAAAAUGUAUUAUAUUAUCAAAAAUUAUUUGUAUUAUUGACAAAUUAUAUUAUUGAAAAAUUAUAAUAUCGAGAAAAAAGAAAAAGAAAAUAGUAAGAAUUGA